UAAACAUUCAGUUGAAUCCUUCAAAUUUCCGGUGCUUUACACAGAUUUGACAUGUCUGAUCAUCACAGUGGAAAAGGUUAUACACCUUUACCGCAAAGUAUAAGCAAUACUGAUACUGAAGAUGAAGAAGAUUGUUUGGCUUAUUCGAAUGAAACUCCCAAAGAUCAUGUUGAUGAUACACUACCGCAAUCAACUACUAUUCAUGAAAAUGGAAUGUAUUAUCCAUUGGAUGAAACAAGAAACUUAGCCAAUCGUACAAAAAAUGGACAAAAUAUGCUUAAGUAUUAUAGAGAUGACAUACCUAUAAUGGUAGUUGAAGGCAAUGAUCAAAAUGACUUAUGGAAAAGGCGUGAUAUGUCUCCUUUAAGGCGAUUUUGUUUGAUUGUUUCUGUAUUAUUAUGCAUUGUAACAAUAAUUAUAUUUUUAUAUGUUUUACCUUGUGAUAACUCAAUGGUAUGCCCUUCAGUCAAUAAACUUCAAUCAUCUGUAUCUUGGGAUAAAACUUUGCAAGGAGUAGAAUUACAUGGUACUAUUUCCAUUACUUAUGGAAAUCCAUCGAAUCUUAUAUUUCUUGUUCGUGGACAGCGAUACAGAGGAAAUGAUACAAGUAGUGAUCAGGGACAAAUAUCACCAGAUGGAGGAGGAGUUAUGUCAAUGCAAGGAAAUAGUGGUUUACCAUUGUGGUUGGUUUCUUUGAAAAGGCAACCUACAGAAAUUGACUGUAUUUCAGUUGAUACUGAUCGUUCUGGAAAACCAGAUUGCAUAGUUGCUGGUGAUCAAGGCCUCUUGGCUAGUAUUGAACCUAUUGCAGGCACUAUACAUUGGAGUUCGAAAAUCUAUACAUUUAAAAAACUACCUCUGAUUUUAUCAGAUAUUGAUUCAGAUGGAGUAGAAGAUUUCUUGAGUAUAGAAAUAGCAGUAAAAAAUAUGCCUAAUAUUGUUCUUUUAUCUGGAGGAAGUGGUAACCUUUUAGGACGAUAUUCACCUGGAAAUUGUUCAUCUAUUAAUGUAUAUAAUCAGAUUUUUAAUGAUACUAUAUCUUACAUUUGUUAUGACAGUAACAGAAAAAACACAAUAAAACAUAUGACUAUUAAAAGAUUAUUGCAUGCUUUAAAAUUACCAGAGGAAAAUAAAAAAUUUACAAUAAAACCAGGAAUAACAUUUAGCACAUUUAAGACAUUACAACUUGAUAAUGAGGAGAAUAAUUGGAAACCUACACCAUACCACUAUUUAUCCAUUAAAAACCAAGGAUCAUGUCCUGGAGAAUUCUGCAGAGCUAGUGUAAAUCUAACAUUGCAAAAACAUGGAAAUCAACCAGUAAUAAUAUGGGAUCAUAUUAGUCCGAAUUCUUUUGUAUCAAAACCAGCUUUCCUGAUUAUGCCUGGGAAACCUUAUACUUCUGGAUUUGCUAUUAAAUUUUGGCAAUGGAUUAAUCCAAUGUCUGAACAUACGAAAAAAGUAUCCAUUAUUACAGAAAGAAGAUUAAUAGAAAGAGUAUUAAUAGUUUUUGUAAAUUAUACAGAUGUGCAAGUUAUGAAUGCAAGUCAAAGUGAUAUUAUUCAGUUAUGUCAAGAUGGAAAUUGUCAACCAAAUUUAAAUUCACGUGCUCGUUUUAGUUCAAUCAAAAUUGAUUAUAUUAGUAAAGAUAAUUUUCCAGAAUUAAUAAGUUAUUGGUCUUCAUAUGAUAUGGAAUCACCAAAAAUAUUAACAUCUAAAGUGCAAGUUGCAAAAUUAGAUUCACUUGUAAUGGGCUUACCACAUAUAAAUGUUUAA